AUGGACAAAUAUCAAAAAAUAGAAAAGCUUGGUGAAGGCACAUACGGCAUUGUAUACAAGGCACAGAAUCGCGAUACGAAUGAAGUUGUUGCAUUGAAACGGAUUCGACUGGAUAACGAGGAAGAGGGUGUGCCAUGUACUGCCAUUCGGGAAAUUUCGCUUCUCAAAGAGCUCAAGCAUGUCAAUAUCGUUAGAUUGUAUGACGUGCUCCAUACCGAAAAGAAGCUCACAUUGGUCUUUGAAUACUUGGAUUCUGAUUUAAAAAAGUUUCUCGAUUCCUAUGGAGGUGAUAUCGAUGUCCUAACGAUCAAGCAAUUGAUGUAUCAGCUAUUGAAAGGCAUUGCUUUUUGUCAUGAUCACAAAGUACUUCACAGAGAUUUAAAACCCCAGAACUUGUUGAUCAAUAAGAAAGGAGAACUUAAACUUGGUGACUUUGGUCUUGCACGUGCUUUUGGUAUUCCUGUUCGAAGCUAUUCGCACGAGGUCGUUACGUUGUGGUAUCGUGCACCCGAUGUCUUGAUGGGCUCUCGCCAAUAUUCAACAUCCAUUGAUCUUUGGUCUGCGGGUUGCAUCUUUGCAGAAAUGGCAUCUGGUCGACCCCUUUUCCCUGGCAACUCUAUUCCCGAUCAAUUGCAACGUAUUUUCAAGGUAUUAGGGACACCAACUGAUCAAACAUGGCCUGGUGUAUCACAAUUACCGGAAUACAAGCGUGAUUUCGAAUUAUUUGCACCCGUGCCCAUCGAGACGUUAUUACCCAAAUUAGACUCUUUAGGCAUCGAUCUGUUAAAACAACUUCUUCAAUAUCCACCCGAGAAACGUAUCACUGCAAACGAUGCACUGAACCAUCCCUAUUUUGAUGAUCUGCGGAAAGAUGGUAGCGUUAGGACGUCAAGCGAUUCCAAAUGA